UCACAAGGCUGUCACGGCCCUCGCAACGUUAAGGGGGGGGGUCCUUUGGAGAUUCAACCUCCCUUCUCGUAGCUACGUAUGGGCGGGCAUCAUUACCGGCCCCUACAUACACAGCCAUUACGGCCCGCUCUCCCCGAAUCAAUCGCAACGCCAGGUGGUCUCCUCUCUCCUCUUUCUGCCUCUGCCUGCCUCUGCCUACUCGCUACUCUCUCACUCUCUCACUCUCUCUUAUAAUAAUUAAAUCCUACCGUCAUUUUCCUCCUUUCCUUUCUCCUCUCCUCGUCUGAGACCAUCCCAAUCAAUCCAUCCUAUCGAUCAAUCUAAUCUCUCCAACAUCCCCUUUGGAUCGUUGGAUCUUCUCCAUCUUCUAUACAUUCUCUCCACCAUCCCCUCUGCGGGCUUUUGUUCCACCUGGCCAUCUCUUGCUCCCGUCACUCGUUUGGAGCAAGCCUCCCCUCCCGAUCGCUACCCUUAAUUAAUCCAACCUCACAGCAACCAUGAAGGCCCUCAUUCUCGUUGGCGGUUUCGGUACCCGUCUGCGUCCUUUGACCUUGACCCUCCCUAAGCCUUUGGUCGAAUUCGCCAACCGGCCCAUGAUCUUGCACCAGGUCGAGAGCUUGGCUGCUGCUGGUGUCACAGAUAUUGUUCUGGCCGUCAACUACCGCCCGGAUGUGAUGGUCUCGACCCUGAAGAAGUACGAAGAGAUCUACAAUGUGAGAAUCGAAUUCUCCGUUGAAUCCGAACCCCUCGGCACGGCUGGUCCUCUGAAGCUGGCGGAGAAGAUUCUGGGCAAGGACGACACCCCGUUUUUCGUUCUGAACUCCGACAUCAUCUGCGACUACCCCUUUAAGGAGCUGGCCGAGUUCCACAAGAGCCACGGUAGCGAGGGUACCAUUGUGGUCACCAAGGUCGACGAGCCCUCCAAGUACGGUGUUGUAGUCCACAAGCCCAACCACCCGUCACGCAUCGACCGCUUCGUUGAGAAGCCCGUCGAGUUUGUUGGCAACCGUAUCAACGCGGGUAUCUACAUCCUGAACCCCAGCGUGUUGAACCGGAUCGAGCUGCGCCCCACCUCCAUCGAGCAGGAGACUUUCCCCGCCAUCUGCAAGGACGGCCAGCUGCACUCCUUCGACCUGGAGGGCUUCUGGAUGGACGUUGGUCAGCCCAAGGAUUUCCUGAGCGGUACCUGUCUCUAUCUCACCUCUCUCGCCAAGCGCAACUCGAAGCUACUCGCCCCCAACAGCGAGCCUUACGUGUACGGUGGAAAUGUCAUGGUCGACCCCUCGGCCAAGAUUGGCAAGAACUGCCGCAUUGGCCCCAAUGUCGUGAUCGGACCCAACGUGGUGGUUGGAGAUGGUGUCCGUCUGCAGCGCUGUGUCCUGAUGGAGAACAGCAAGGUCAAGGACCACGCGUGGGUCAAGUCGACCAUCGUUGGAUGGAACAGCUCUGUGGGCCGCUGGGCUCGUUUGGAGAACGUUACGGUGUUAGGUGACGAUGUCACCAUUGCCGACGAAGUCUAUGUUAACGGUGGUUCGAUCUUGCCUCACAAGAGCAUCAAGCAGAACGUUGAUGUUCCUGCUAUCAUCAUGUAAUCCCCUCACGUCGACAUGCCCUUACACCUCGAUAUAAACCACCUAUACCUCGAAACCGCGCAGAUGCAUAGAAACCGGAGUUGAUGGUCCUUGUUGCUUUCGAGCAGAGAACCCCCAGGGUUCUGGACACGAACACGGGACUGUGCUUGGAUACGUUGCGGUCUCCCCUCCGAACAUCUCCCUUCUCGCACCCAUCCUUACUUUUGUCUUGUGCUCGUCCGUGUCCGCAUGCUAGAGGCCUUGAUGGUAGAAGCGUGUCUGAUUCGGGUUACCUUAACCCUCAUAAUCCUUCCGUGCUGAGUUGUUGCCGACCAGUCGUUUGAUCUUUACUACCAUUUCUUGUGCACCGUUUUUUUUUCGACGUACUCGUCAUUUUGUCGCGAGGCUUUUUCUUUUCCU